AAAUAGAUGAGAUCAUAUUACAUGAAGGAUCUUGUCGACAAUCCGGUAGCACGCAACCGCGUCAUGCAUCACACACCUAACUUCCUCCUCGGAGAAAACCUCUGAAUCCCACUUGGGACGUCUUGAAUUUCCACCUGAUGAGCUAGUGAGCUCAACCUCAGCUUUCCUACCCAGUUUUUCAAGAGAUUUGCAGUUGAGAAGCUCUGGGUUUUUCAGAACACCAGCAGCGUAUUGCCCAACUUCCACAGCCCCAAUCUCUUCACAUUUGAAGCACUUGGAUAUGGUAGGAUAAAAAUAUCUGAUCUCCUCCCCCCAACCCCUAAACCCCAAUACAAUCCCGUCAGUCCCUUCGUAUCGAAACGAGAGGCCACGCACCCUCUUCACGAACCCAUUGGGGCACACAAAGCACACACUUUUAUUUCUCAGGAAAUCUGUGAGGGCUUCUGGGAUGGUGCGGUUUUUGCGUCUCAUGACGUUCAAUUGUAUGAUUAAGCAGUUGGAUCUGGUGGAGAGUAUGAGGAGAGCGCAUCUUCGUGUUCCGAAGAAGAAGUUGGAGCGGCAUACCUUCACAUCUAACCCCACGAUUGGGUGCUCCCCAUCGCACUCCAACUCGCCCAGGGCUGCGCUCAAGACCUUGCCGUCGUUGAUUACUCGAGCCUUCACCUCCACGCCGCCGAUUUCAACGUCGUAUAUGCCCAGUUUGGAGAGUUGUUUCUUUCUGAAUCCGAUGACUUCGUCCUUGGCAAAUUGAUGUUGUGAAUUGUAAUUCAUAC